ACGCGUACUGUUUCCGUUCUUUUUGAUCGUGAAGUGUAAUCAUGGCGGUCGGCAAAAAUAAAGGCACCUCGAAAGGAGGCAAAAAAGGGUCCAAAAAGAAGGUUGUGGAUCCGUUUACCCGCAAGGAUUGGUACGAUGUGAAAGCUCCGAACAUGUUCGCGAUCCGCCAGGUCGGAAAAACUCUGGUAAACCGUACCCAGGGCACCAGAAUCGCCUCGGACGGUUUGAAGGGCCGCGUGUUUGAGGUUUCGCUGGCUGAUUUGCAGAACGACACCGAUGCUGAGAGGUCUUUCCGUAAGUUCAAGUUGAUUGCCGAAGAUGUGCACGGGCGUAAUGUCCUGUGCAACUUCCAUGGAAUGGAUUUGACCACCGACAAGCUGAGAUCAAUGGUCAAGAAAUGGCAAACAUUGAUUGAAUGUUCCGUCGAUGUCAAGACCACGGAUGGUUAUCUGCUGCGUGUCUUCUGCAUCGGGUUCACCAUUAAGGAUGCGGCGUCUCAGCGUAAGACAUGCUACGCCCAGCAUUCUCAGAUAAAGGAAAUCCGCAAGAAGAUGUUUACUAUCAUUACCCGGGAUGUGACCAGCUCCGAUCUGAAGGAGGUUGUUAACAAGCUGCUGCCCGAUUCGAUCUCGAAAGACAUCGAAAAGGCGUGCCAGGGAAUUUAUCCACUGCACGAUGUGUACAUUCGUAAGGUGAAGGUUCUGAAAAAGCCUCGUUUCGAUUUAGCCAACUUGCUGGAACUGCACGGUGAUGGUGGUGGCAAGGGUGCCGAAGUUUCAACCGGAGCUGCCGAGGGUGGUGUCACCAUUGACCGUCCGGAGGGUUAUGAACCGCCUGUACAAGAAUCGGUUUAAACAGCAUUACUCUAAACGGUAUAAAUUAAGAAGAAUUUCCAUGUGAAAUCAGCAAAUCUGAAAGUGAGCGGUGCCAGGAAAAAGCGCGUAAAUACAACUCAGACUUGUACAAGAAA